AUGAACCUGAUACGCUGCAGUCUGGACUAUAGAUAUUCAAUUGAUAUAAUCAUCAGGCAGUUAGAUAUCAUUGUGAAUGCUACAGUACUUUAUUCAGUAGCUAUGUGUGCGUUUUUAUCUUGUAUUGAAUGCUUACUUAAAUUAUCAACCAAAACAAUGGAAAGAUUUUCAAUUUUUUCGUCAAUUUUGACAGAUAGUUUAAUAAUCUAG